AUGGUGGCGAAGUCGUCCCUGAUUGGCCUCUUCGGCCUACUCUGCCUUGUUCUGCAUAGUGCGAAGGUUUUUGCAGUCGCUUUGAAGGAGGACUCCGGUUCCGUCGUGUUGGUGACGGAACCCCGGUUCCGCGGCGAAAGUAUCGCGGUUGCCCACCGAAAGCUGAUGCAGACUGCGUCACCUGCAACGCAGGCGCCAGGUGCGGUUGCGUCCAUGUGCGCACCUACCGACCGGUCCUUGAACCCGCUGACCCGCGUCUACUGUUCCUACAACGUGACGAUCGGCGGGGCCCCCGUUAAGACAUUGACGGUCUGCACGUACAAUGCAACCGGUGCUCUCCUCGCGGUUCCCGCGGCCACUAUCUCUGGAGGGGCUCCACGGAUACCCCCGUUUUCCUGCCCAGGCAAUGUCGUCCCCAACUCUUGCCCCGCGUCGAUUCAGCGGAACUUUGCAAACGCGAGCAUUUUCUACCAGCAAUAUCUUUGCGUGUACGCUGUCAACGCAUCAACCGCAGCUUCAACAUUGUGUGGUUACGUCGCAACUGGCGCAUCAAACGGGAUGACCCCCCCCAACUGUCCAAGUGCUCCGACGCCCAUAUGCCCUGUCAUAAAUGUAACCUCGAACCCGUUGACGCGAUUGGCAUGUCUGUACGGGGUCCAACAGAGUGUCCCAAGCGUUAGAACUGUGUACGCGGAUUGUUUCUACAAUACAACCGGUGCCCUCCAGCCGCUGGUGUCGCGAGUAGAUGAUCCGAAUAUUGUCUCCUGCCCGGGUGCAGUAACGCCCACAUGCCCCACCAUAGAUUCGAACCCAUUGACGCGAUUGGCGUGUUUGUACUCCGUCCAGCAGAGUGUUCCGCCCUUUACAGCUAUGCUUGCGUCCUGUUUCUACAACACGACCGGUGACUGGCUCCUCCCGUUGGAGCCAGUGGAUACUCCGAAUAUCUGCCCAAGUAGCACAACGGUCCCCAACCCGUGCCCUGGCGUGGUGUCGCUUGGUCUUCCCCUUGCCGUGUCAGUCAGCAGCUUCAAGUGCCUUUACACUACUCCUGCCGUGGUGGCCGGUUCCCUCAAGGAGGAAGUUGCACGUACGCGCCAAGUGGCGGAUUGCUCGGCAGCUUCAAUGUCCGAUGUCCUAGUCGACAACAGCCCCUACGCCACAGAAGGAAGGUUGCCCUGA